AUGGAGGAUACGCCGGGAUGAAGCAGGAAAUAAAAUUAAAGAAAGCAAUGCUCGGAUGGUCAAGUGGUCAGAUGGAAGCAUGUCCCUGCAUUUAGGCAAUGAAGUGUUUGAUGUUUACAAAGCCCCACUGCUGGGCAAUUACAACCACCUGUUUAUAAGAGAAGACACUGGUCUGCAGGGACAAGCCGUCUUUAAAUCCAAACUUACCUUUAGGGAUGUUGUAUCAAUGAAGUCAAAUAACACAUGGGACAUCACACAGAGACCUGGCACAAGUGACCUCACUCUACAGACAGUGCUACAUACAGAAAGAUGACCCUGCCACUUGCUAAAAGAAGUUCAAAGACACAGAAAAUUAGAAUCUUACCUAUGGUGGGUCGUGAUCCUGAAGGCCAACACACAGAAGUGAUGAAGAAAGAAGAACGCUUAAGGGCUUCCACUCACCAGGAGUCUCAGGAAAUCCAUCCGCAGGAGAAGCAGAACCAGCAGGGGCCAAGUGUCUCCUACCAGGACCCUGGCAGUGAUGAUGUGGAGGAGGAAGGCAAGGACACCUUCAGCCUGGCUGCCAUUAAAAACUAUUACCAAGGUGAACUCCAAGGUAAACCUUCCAGAAAGAGGAAAGCAGGGCGUGAAGAGGAAGAUUAUAUAAAGCCCUAAAAUGUGCACUCAUUGUAUUCAAGUUUGUUUUAAAACAAUGAUGAAAUGACUUGUUUUAAUGGAAGUAAGUUGAGUUGCGUAAUCCUAGUUGUGAAUAAAAAGUUUUCAAAAGCAA